CCAACCCGUAUCAUCAAUCUCACUGCUCAACUAAACCUCUCAAGUCUCAGCUCACUACCCUGAGAAAGGUUCCACUCCCCUGCCACCUCUCUCUUUGUCUCUCUCUCUUCCUCUCUUCUCCGCAGGGAAAGGGCUUCCACCCAGACACAUCGAACUCAAAGAGGGUGUGGAAGCGUAUCUCAUCAAAAUCAUCAUCAUGGCUGUUGCAGAUGUUGCUCCACAGUUCUACCUUGACGAGAAAUGGAAAUUGUCAAAGAAAGAAGGAUCAAGGAGUACUCGAUCUACCACUUCUUCGACUUCCCCUCUCAUUAGAAAUUCAUCUCAGAAGUCCCCUCUAACGAGGAAUUCGUCGCAGAGGAGGUGUUCAUUCAGUAGGAAAUGUGCGAGCUUGGUCAAAGAACAGAGAGCCAGGUUCUAUAUCAUGCGUCGUUGUGUUACCAUGCUUGUUUGCUGGCGCGAGUACGGUGAUUCUUGAUCUCAAGUCUAGGAAGGAGACGAAAAGGAGAGUCUUUUAUCCUUUUUUUUUGUUCGCCUCUUCCUUCAUUUGAGAUGAGCGCCGGGGUUCCAUUAAAACCCUCCCCCAAGUUUUCUGCCGUCCAAGAAGGAAAGGAGUUCGAAGGACGAAGAAGUUGAAAUUACAGAGACAGAGGAAACGGAGAUCGAUUGAUUUACUUGUAUAGAUAGAUUUACGAUUCUUUCUGUUUUUCUACUUCUCUUUUUCUGUAGUAGUAGAUUUUUUUUAUUUUUUUUUUUUAAAUCAAAUUGGGCAUCCACUUUUACUGUAACCAUUGCCGAUCUGAGUAGAACGAUUUAUUUGAAAUCUUAUUUGGAGAUUUUUUUUUUUUCUC